GCCGGCAGCGCCGGCCGCCUCUUCCCCUCGUGCCAAGCCGGGGCUUCCCCCAAAGUGACCUACACCCCAUACCCCGAGGACUACGGGGACAUCGAGAUCGGCUCCCACCGCAGCUCUGGCAGCAGCAGCACCAAUCUGGGGCCACCGGCAGCGGGUGGUGGUGGGGGAGAUGAUGACGGCUACAUGCCCAUGACCCCUGGUGUGGCCGCAGCCUUAGGGCAGGGAAGCCGGGGCAGCGAUGAUUACAUGCCCAUGAGCCCCACCAGUGUAUCUGCCCCCAAGCAGAUCCUGCAGCCCCGGACAGGAGUGGGGAGUGGGUCCCCUGGGAACGGGAGCAGCUACAAGACCAGCUCACCUGGGGAAAGCUCCCCUGAUGAUAGUGGGUACAUGCGAAUGUGGUGUGGUUCCAAGCUAUCUGUGGAGAGCUCAGAUGGAAGACUGAGUAAUGGAGACUAUAUCAAUAUGUCCCCUCGGGACCCCCAGCAUGGGCCCCAUGUUCCCUCCCUUACCCCCCCCGACUUCUUUUUUGCCCCAUCAGGGCAUGGGUCCAGUGAGCCCUUAAAGCCCGGCUGCUAUUCAUACAGUUCCUUACCCCGCUCCUAUAAGAGCCAGGGAUUGGCGAAGGACAGCGACCAGUAUGUCUUCAUGAACUCCCCGGGGAGGAUGAUCCCGGAGGAGGCGGUGUGUGGAGUGGACCAGUCGCCUGCCGGCACCUUCACCCCCUCCAGCCACAUGGUGCCUUCACCCCUGCGGCACAGCCGGACUGAGAGCUUCCUGAGCCAGCGGUGCCAGCGGGCAGCCCGGCCCAGCCGCCUCUCUUUGGAGACCUUGCGGACGGUGCUGCCCAGCAUGAAUGAGCACCCUCUGCCGUCUGAGCCCAAGAGCCCUGGUGAAUACAUCAACAUUGACUUUGGGGAUGCUGCUGUCUAUUCUCCCCCCUCGCUGCCUGCUGACAGCCCAGCCUCCUCCCUGGGCUCAGGCACGGGGCAGAGGCGCUCCCCGCUUUCUGACUACAUGAACAUGGAUUUUGGGUCACAGUCACCCUCCCAGUCAGGCACAGUCUCAGUGGGCUCCUUGGAAGCUCUCUCACCGAGCUCUUCUUCCAGCACCAGCCAGCCCAAUGGGCGCUACCUGAAGGCGGCUGUGGGGGUGGCUUGUUCAUCCAGCCCAUCAGAUGGUGGGGAUUACACUGAAAUGACCUUUGGCAUGGCCACCACCCCACCCCAACCCAUCGUUCAGAAGCCAGAAAGUGCCCGGGUCACAAGCCCCACAGCUGGGGUGAAGAGGCUCACCCUCUCUGGGGUAGAGGCUUUCAUUCUCUCAAGCCCUCCCCCAGACCCAAACCGGGGGGCCAAAGUCAUCCGGGCAGAUCCUCAGGGGCGGAGGAGGCACAGCUCAGAAACUUUUUCCUCCACCACCACUGUGACCCCAGUGUCCCCUUCCUUCGCACACAACCCCAAACGACACAACUCGGCCUCAGUGGAGAAUGUGUCCCUCAGGAAAAGCGAAGGCCUGGAGGAGGAGCAGGGUAGCAGUCCCAUGUGCCGUGAGACCUCAGCUGGCUUCCAGAAUGGCCUCAACUACAUUGCCAUUGAUGUAGUGGAUGGGUCCCUGGCAAACUGUGACAAAUCCAGGUUGAAAGCCAGGCACCUCCUGAAUGGGGGCAUCAAUGGAGUAGAGAUGAGCGCCUAUGCCAGCAUAGACUUUCUGUCUCACAACCUGAAAGAAGCAAGUGCUGUGAAAGCUUUUAAACGCAGGUCACGUGGAGAAGUGGUGCGGGGAGGCUCGUUGGGAUUGACCGGCUCUGUAGGAGGUGGGCGGGAUUCUCCAGCACCUCGCUGCCCUGAGAGGGGUGCCAGCCUGUGGGGUGCACUCAGGGGUACAGGGAUAAAUGGAUGUAACCAGAGUCAGGCCAAAGGUGAUAAGGAAGAACCUCACACCACCAGCAUCCUCAGCCAAUGGUGUGCAGGGUUGGGUACCAGAAUUGAGGCAUCAGGUUAAUUGCACUUUUGGCAGUCAAGCUGGGAAAGUCAUACCAUGGGGAAGGAGAAAUACAUCACAAAGGACUUGAUCGGUAUAAGUUGAAUGAAAGCAUAAACUUCCGCAAAUUUCCUAGUUUCCCUUUUGGUUUUCGUUGGGAUUUCACAUCAAAGUUUGUUUACAGAAGGACUUCUGCUACCAUUUAGAAAGGUCAACUAGUAUUGUACUAAUGUAUUUGAAUUUCAAACAUUUUGAUUUGGGAGACUACUAAGAAUUUCAUGUUUUAUAGAGAAACACAUGCUUUAAAGAAAACAGUAUUUUGCAGGUAAGCAAGAUUAUUAUAACAUUAGUCAUGCAGCAGGUUUGAGAAAAUCUAAUUCUGUAAAAAUGGUUCGUACAGGAGAGAGCUUAUAUAAUCAGUGUUGUUUGUUUAGUUGUUUGCACUGGUUUUGAAUUGUUUUUAACUAUAUUAGAAAAGUGAGAAGCUUUACUUCUUCAGAAACCAAGUGUGGCUCCUAGUAAUUUUAAAACAAUGGAGAAUCCACAUAUAUUUAAUAUUUAGAACAGGAGGCUGAGAUACAGACUAUACGGACAAGCCCGUUGUAAUUACCUUCUUAGUAAAUUAACAUUUGAUUUGUGUAAAAUACAUGUAAAAAACAGUUUGAAUUCUUCCUUAAGGUUUGUAGCAGUACUUGUGUUUUCAUGUGGAUAAAUGUUUUGAGGGAAACUAAUUGUAUCAUUUGAAGGUGGCUGGCUUUCACAUGUAGCUUGUCUCUACUAUCUGUAGCUUGCCUCUGCUUUUGGAAAUCUCUCUCCAUAUUAUCCUGUUGUGAUAGAAGCAAGGAGUGCAUCCACAGCUGAUGUCAAAACAGAACAGUUAAAAAGUUGCUUAAAAUUAUAGUUUCAUUUAGUUUUACUGUGUUCUGAAAAUGUGAAAAUAUUUAAUAAUUGGAGAAACAAUUGCCUUCAUCUGAAAUGUAAAUAAAAUAAUACUGUUACUGGUUGGUUAAAGCUUGUUACUUGCUAAUGAUUAGCCUUUGUUCUUAAAUUAUGACUGCUUUUUUGCUUAAAAACAUGUGAACCAUGUAUGGAUUUAAUUAUUUAUGGAGAUGUUUACACUGUUUUUUUUCAUAUAGUGCAAAUUAUUUAUUCCAGUAUAUUUAUGAGAGAUUAUACACAAUAAUGAUGUGACUUUUUAUAGUGGAUCUUAGUUCUCUUGAAGUCAAAUGGUAGUUUUGUCUCUGUCUUAAUGGGGAUUUUACUGUUUGUGUGUAUUCCUGAAAUUCUUAAGAUUCCUAUUAAAUUUAGUGAAUGUAUAAUAGGGAAUUUUGCUUAAUUGAAACCACCAGAAUUGGGUGGUUAAUCUUUAAUUUUGUUUUCUUUUCCAUUCACAGAGUGCUCUGUACCUUUAAGUUGUAAAUGUUUCUAGUAGUUGGUCUAGUUUUCUAAAAAUGGGCAGAUACUAUGUGUAAUGGUGCAAAAAAAGCUGAAGGUUCUUUUCCUCCUGUGUUAGUUUCUUUUGUCUUGAUUUGUUUAAAGAAGUCAUCAUCUGUAAUGCAUCUACUUAAGAUCAUAAUAAGGUGAUUUUUGAUAAUCAUGACCCCCACUCCUGCCUUGUCAAUUAGCUUUCAGUUUUGUGAGGGUUUUAUGGUUGCACCUAAACAAUAAAAACCUAUCUUAAGAAAUC